AUGGCGAAUACCUCCGACACCCCACCCAGUCUGGUGGAAUUCAAGGGAACCCAAUACCAAGUGGUCAAGGAAGGACUGGCGCGCAUUCUCAACCCUCCCUCCCAAGAGGCUGCCUCAAAAGGCACCAAGAAAGACCUCAAAGACGACGACCAAACCCAGUCCGUGUUCUACAAUCCAAUCCAACAAUUCAACCGGGACCUGAGUGUUCUCGCCAUUCGCGCAUAUGGCGAACACCUCCUUGAUUACAAGAAACAGAAAGUGGACAACAAGUUGAAGAAGCAGGCUGGCAACGGGGCGAAGAAGCGGAAGCGCGAGGAUGACGAGACCGAAAACCCGAGGCCCGCGCCGAAGGCAGAUGACAAGGCUUCCUCGGAAUCAAUUCAGGCAGACCUUCUCUCUGAGCAGCCUGCCCCCACAGAGAAACCAGCUACCCCUGCUUCACCCCCGGCGCCCCAAUUUGCGAUCCUGGAUGCUCUUUCCGCAACGGGGUUGCGUGCUCUUCGCUAUGCCUCCGAGAUCCCCUUCGCUACCAAGGUGGUGGGCAAUGACUUGUCGGAGUCUGCAAUCAAAUCCAUGAAAACUAACGUCGAUUACAACGAUCUCAAAACCAUCCAACCCAAUCUGGGAGACGCGAGAGUCUAUAUGUAUGAAAAUGCAAGCAAGUUCGACGUGAUUGAUUUGGAUCCGUAUGGCACGGCAUCUCCUUUCCUGGAUGCUGCCAUCCAGGCAGCGAAAGACGGCGGUCUUCUUUGUGUAACCUGUACCGAUGCAGGUGUCUGGGCAUCUACCGGCUACUCAGAGAAGGCCUUCUCGCUGUACGGCGGCAUUCCUCUCAAGGGUAAUCACUCCCACGAAAGUGGGCUGAGAUUGAUCUUGAAUUCUCUUGUGAUGUCCGCGUCUAAAUAUGGAAUUGCAAUCGAGCCCUUGCUGUCCCUUUCAAUCGACUUCUACGCUCGCGUAUUUGUUCGAGUUCAUAGAUCCCCGGCACAGGUCAAGUUCAAUGCUGGCAACACCAUGCUUGUCUACAGCUGCGACGCUGGCUGCGGCGCCUGGACAACUCAGUACAUUGGUCUCACUAAAAGCAAGUCGGAUAAGAAUGGGAGACCCAUCCACCACCAUGGCAUCAACAAAGGACCCUCAUCUGGUCCCCAAUGUGAGCACUGCGGUACCAGAACUCAUAUCGCAGGACCUAUGUGGGGUGGCCCACUGCACAACCCUCACUUUAUUCAAAAAAUCCUGGCCAUGCUCCCCGGGGCUGAUCAGGAAACAUAUCAGACUUGCGCCCGCCUCGAGGGCAUGUUGACUACUGCCCUUGAGGAGGAUCUAGACCUGACGCCUGAAGCAGACGGAUCUAAGCCGACCAAAUCUCCAGGGACAAAGGAGACCUUUGUGGAGUCGAAGAACCAGCAGGACGUGGAAUAUCCCGCGAUAAUUCCUCGGAUGGAUGUUGCCCUUCAGGAGAAAUACCCCUUCUACUUCUCACUCAGUGCGGUCGCCAAGGUCCUUCACACCACCACCAUCCCAAUUGAUGAAUUCCGCGGUGCCCUCAGCAAUCUCGGAUACCGCUCGACUCGCUCUCACACGAAACCAAAUUCCGUACGCACCGAUGCUCCCUGGGAAGUGGUUUGGGAGAUCAUGCGCGAAUGGGUGCGACAAAAGUCGCCCAUUAAAGAAUCCUCCUUAAAACCUGGAACUCCGGGCGCCGCGAUUAUGGCCAAGAGCCGUGAGAACUUGCGCAAAUUGGACGACCAAGAUCAAUGGCUCUCACUGUUGAAGCAAGAUUUGCUCUCUGCCGUCGAGGCCGGAAAGGAUGUGAGUGAUUUGGUCACCAAGGUCGAGGCAGCACUUUACCGCUCUGGGUCGCGAGGCUCACAGCGCGUGGCCUCUGAGCGCGAAGAUGCUACACAAUGCCCAGGUGAAACGUCUGCUACCCCGGCCAAGCGAGCUCACCCGAGUGCUCUCGAGGUGGUCUUUGAUGCCGAUCUUGGCCGUGCGGUCUCUGCCUCGCAUACGAAAAAGCGUCUUAUGCGAUACCAGAUCAAUCCCCGUGCCAACUGGGGCCCUCUCAACCGCGCGGGUCGUUCGUGA